AUGCAGAUGACUUGCAACGGAAGUUCCUCAACGGCGCAACAUUUGCGAGAGGAACGUUUCCAUUCCAUUGGAAGGCAUCUAUCGCAUUCUCUUCUAGGAUUAAUUGCGUGCUUAACAAGAGAGCGAUAUGACAACAAGCGCGUGAUUGUUCAAACUCACGUCAAGACUAUAAUGGAUUUGCUAACUAUGACAAAGGAAAAUACAAUCGAUCUCAGAAGAAUCUCUGACGGCGCUGAGAAACAUUUGCACGCCCUUCAGGCAUUGAAGCAUCCCACGACGCAUUGGGAUGAUCUUCUCGUCCUCAUUCUAACCUCUAAACUUGACUCGCUCACAUUACGCGAGUGGGAAACUUUCUUAACAGGCAACGAGUUGCCGUCGCUUAAACAGCUGUUAAAUUUUAUCGCUCAUCGAUAUCAGGUACUCGAGGCUAUCACAAGGGCUAGCACUUCUGCAAAGAAGGUCGAGGCAAAAUCGCAGCCAAAUGUUAAGUGGUCAUCGUCGUGCGCGGCUACCGUUAAAUCUAAAUGCCACUUCUGUCAAGGAGAUCACGUCAUUUAUUAUUGCAAAACCUUCGUGGCACUUCCAGUAUCACAAAGGGUCGAGGAAAUUCACAGUCGCAAACUUUGCGUCAAUUGCUUGCACUUCUCUUCUCAUGCAUCAAUUGUGCUCAUUUGUGACGGUGACGACUCGCGCAAGACGUGUCGAGCUUUGUUGGGUUGCGGAUCGCAAGCGAACUUCGUAUCCAAGAAAUUUGUGAAAGUUCUCAGUUUAGAAACGCGUCCAUUAAAUGUCUCGAUUUCCGGCACGGUAACCUCGUCCAAUCACGUGGUUAGAAUCAAAUUACAAUCGCGACUCAACUCGUACAUCGCGGCUAUCGAAUGCAACGUUACUGAUCAGGUUACUAAUAAAAUUCCGGCGGUUUCUUCGGAGCGGGACAAAUUUAAGUUUUCGCGCAACAUUCGUUUAGCUGAUCCACAAUUUCACAUAUCGUCGGAUAUUGAUCUUUUGAUCGGAGCAGAGUUGUUUUGGAAUCUGAUAUGCAUUGGUCAAGUCAAGUCUUCAGAUAAGCACCCAACUCUCCAAAAAACAUGA